AUGUCUGCUUCACCAGAGCACCAGGCCGGCUCGCGCGCCGCGUCGCCCAUUCAUGACGAACUUGAAAAGGCCCCGACUCCGAUUGCCGCAGAUGAUGACGAGGGUGACAAGCCCACCGAACCUGCUGAUGACCAGGAGAACGACGACGAUGACAACGAUGACGAUGAUGAUUCUAUUCUGUCCGAGGUCGACGAAGCGCAGUUUGACGACUUCGAUCCGGAGAAUGUCGAUGUCGAAGACCGCCCGCAGCUGGCAAUUGACGAGGAUAACUUGAAGCUGAUCGGCCGACACAAGCGCAAGCGUGCCGAGGGCGAGGAAAGCCGUCCGCGUCGCAAGGAGGGUCGUCGUGAGAAGAAGAGCCGUCAUGCGCGGGAUGAGGAUGAGGGAGGAGGUGAGGAAGGAUCUGCUCGCCGGCAGAAGAAGAAGAAGGAAGCAUCGCCUGAUACGGAUGAGGAGACUUUGGACCCCGAAACACGUCGCCGUCGAGCCCUUGACCGGGCCAUGGAUGAAGCUAUGAAGAAGCCUACCAAGAGACGGGCCCGCAAGCAGGAUGGGAUUGAUCUUGAGGCUAUGGCCGAUGCUGAAAUUGAGGAAAUGCGAAAGCGCAUGACCCACGCAGCUCAGAUGGACGCUCUUAACCGCCAACAAGGCCAACCGGCAAUGCACAAGCUCAAGCUUCUUCCCGAGGUUAUCAGGCUUCUCAACCGUAACCAAUACGCGAACAGCUUGGUCGAUCCGGAGAUCAAUCUCCUGGAAGCUGUUCGAUUCUUCCUUGAGCCCUUGGAUGAUGGAUCGAUGCCCGCCUACAACAUCCAGCGUGACCUGCUGACUGCCCUGACCAAGCUCCCUAUUCAAAAGGAUGCCUUGAUUGCUAGCGGAGUUGGCAAGGUUGUUGUCUUCUACACCAAGAGCAAGCGCACUGAGAACAGCAUCAAGAUGAUGGCGGAGAAGCUCCUGGCCGAAUGGACCCGUCCCAUCCUCCAGCGCAGCGAUGACUACUCGAAACGUGUGUUCCAGCAGGCUGAUUAUGACCCGAACAAAAUCCGCCAGCGUACAUCCACCACCGCCGAGAUUGUUGCUGCCGAGGCUCGUGCUCGCGACAAGAUCCCUCCUCGUAUGGCCAACCGUGCCCAAGUCGACCGUACCCAAGUCAGCUAUUCUGUUGUUCCCCGGCAAACCGCCGUGCAAGAAAACCGCUUUGCUCGACCUUUGGGUGCCAGUGGUGAGGAUCGUUUCCGCAAGAUGCAAGCCCGACAGAACGCGGCGUCCAAGGCAUCUCGUCGAUAA